AUGGCGGUUCCCGAUGUGGCCAGGCAUCCAGGCAUGGCGGGUGCAUCGUUGAGCAGCGAGGUGCAAUACUGCUACCAGCGGCGAACACGUGUUCACCCACCCUCAAACGCCAUCACGCAGUUCGCACAGGAAAAGAGGCGUUCGGUGGCCGCCAUGAACGUGAACGAACACAACCGGCGCGUUAGCAGCCACCUGGCAAAGCUGUGGCGUCCUCUCCGCGGCGCCGACAAGGAGCCCCUCCAGCCCAAGAUAGCCGAAGCUGUCGCCGUCCACCGAAAGAAGUACCCGGACUACGCGCACAACCCGCGAGAGGCCCACCAGCGCAAGGAGCAGGAGCGCAUUGCCAAGCAGGUUACCAGCAAGCUGAACAUUGACAGUUCCUGGGACAAGGAGCAGCAGCCGCUUACUUCCACGGUCGCGGCCCAAUGUCGAGGCGGCCCGAAGUUCCAGCAGCAGCUGCCGCCAUUGUCGCGGACGUCACGGAGCAAACGCCGUGCUACCAUCAGUAGCCGACAUGCUGACCAUCAGCAGCCGACAUGCGUUUGUAUGCCGACAACCGCUGUCCCGGCCACGACCAAGGAUCUGGAAGAACAAGUGGUGCCUGUAAAAGUGGUUGCUUUCAGAGCUUUGACUGAAUUGUUGAAGAGGCAGCCGCAACACUUCCACAAUUAUGCUGAGCUCACCUUGAUCAAGAUCUUCGGAACAAUGAAGGAGCCUGAAAGAGAGGUGAAGCGUGCUGCUGAGCUGUGUUCUAUAGAAUCUGUGCCUGCGCUACACCCCGAGCAAACAAUCCGGCUCAUCGGGGAGUCGGAUGACCAAGACGUUGUGAUCGCUGUCAUCAAGGCCAUGUCCCGACUAGACGUUAUCAGCAGUUAUCAGCGUUAA